AUGGCGGACGAAGGAAGUGUUGUUGCUUCGGCUUGUGCGACUUCCAAAUCUAUCCCUCAAUCUAUGAUCGAUAAUGUGCUAGCAGUGUGUCCUGAUGUUGAUCCCAAGGAUGUUGCCAAGGAUCUAGUUAUCACUGGAAGUGCUACACGAACAAUCAACAGGAUUUUAGAUGGACAGGUAUGUGUAAACAAACGCGCUGCUUACAUUUUCAUGCUUCGUCACUCGUUACUCUUUCUUAGGCCAUACGAAAAAUCAGAGUGAUUUUCAGAAAUACCCGUUCCACGUGAAAUGGCACAAUGACGCAGGCAAGCUAAUCUGAAGACAUACUUGUACAUAUCAGCACACUGAUUUUAAAUCCCUCUGUUAAAUCCCACUUAUCAAGUGGUUUUGCCCGAUAUGUUUAUUUCAUGAAACCACAAAAACAAACAAACAAACAAACAGGCAAUAACAAAAAUGGUUGAGUUUUGUUUUGACCUUUUUAAAAGAUGGUGUUGUGGUAGGGAAGACAGUAUCAUUGAUAAACAAUGUACAUAUCAUGAUGUUGUGGUUCAAUUCUGUCCUUGGUUUAAAUUCUAUUUUCUUUCGUUUUUGGGUAGGGUAAUAUAUGAUAAUGAGUUUGAAACAAAGGGAAAUAUAAUUUCAACCAAGGAUAAAAUUGAACCACAACAUAUAUGAAUGGACUGAUCUUUCUUUCUUCUUUUCUUCCAUACUUUCUAGUUUCCAGCAGCAGUUAAUGUUGAUUUUGAAAGCAUGCCAUCAGAGAUCAGUUCUGAGGAUGAAGUUAGAGGACCAUAUAAAGUCACUUCACCUCAUUCCAAGAAUUUAUCAGUGUCUGCUAAUAAAGUCUUGCCAGUUAUAAAUCAUGAUGAUAACUCUAGUGACACUGAAAAAUAUACCGAUACAGAUGAUGAUGAUGAUGAUAUUACAAUACUUAAUGAAGAGUCAAAAAGUUUGUUCAGUGCUCUUAAGAAGAGAAUGCACAGUACAAAACAAUCAGAACACAAGUAUGCAAAACAAACAAAAACCCUGGACUUGCACAAGGACAACAGAAUUAUUAAUAACAAUUAUGAAUUGGAGAGCAGUCCACAGAAACGACCUAUAAAUACUAAGAGGACAAGCUCCAUUGUUGAUCUUUCAUUCUCAGAUGAUGACAGUAGCUUUGAAAAGAUUAGCCAUAAAGAGCACUCACCUCUUGCAAUGAAUAGAACUGCAAAUUGUGCUAUGAAAGUACCAACUGGAGCCAGUCAUAGAAUCAAGAGUGUUAAUAAACUUAGAAAUGGCUCAAAACAGGGGACAAAUGGUUUGGAUUCACGUCUGCAUGGAUCUGACAAUGACACUGAUAGCUGUGAAGGAAGUGAUGGGUUUCCUUGCAUUCUAGCAUCAUCCAGGCUUCUCUAUAGUGAAACAACCAGCAGAUCUGCCACAGCAGGUCUCACCUCAGGAAGCUGUUUGGACUCUCAAGAUAGUUCUGGAAUACCUUUUAAAAGAAAGAAGAGAUCAAAAGAGGAAAUAAUGAGUCAGAGAAAUGAAGCUUUGGUAAGUAGCUAGGGAAGUGUAUGAACUCAAUAUCAAAACAGGACACCGUGUACCUUUGUUAUUUCGGCAAUAAUUUCUUUUGUUGGAAGAAUGCCAUAACUCGCCUGUUUCAGGUGUUCUGAUAGUAGAACAUGAGUGAAAAAUUGACAAAGAAAAAAAAAAACGAGAGGAGACAGGGCUGUCACUAAGAUUUCAAGUUACCAAGUAUUUACAAUUAGCAGUUGGGGAACUGAACAGCCAGGGAUUUCUUUUGGUGCCAUUUUCAUUUUUUUCUUUCCUACAAAAAUAGCAGGGGGUCGUGCUCAUGAUAGCCGGGGGAUAUCCCCCACCCCCAGCCCUUAGUGACAGCCCUGGGAGGCCAGUCUUCCCUCAGUUUUUUCCCCUUGUUUUUCCCUUGUACGAUUUAACUCCCCACCAUCUGAAUACUGUUCUCUACUAUCUGAAUGCCUGGAACUGGCUAUGCCAUUACUGGCAAGUGCUGUUAUAAUAAUUCAAGGGAUACCUUAUCAGAUACAUGCAUAAAUAAAUGUCAAAUUUGUUGCAUAAUCCUAUGUGUACUUUCCUCUAUUAAAUUUAAGGUAAAAUACAUCUUUUGACAUUUUGAAAUACACAGAAGUUAAUCAUAUUAAGCUCUUUUGUGUGUAAGUUUGAUUAUCAAUGGAAAAGGGUUGGAUUGUAAUGUUUUGCAGCGAAAGAAACAAGCCAAGGAACUGGAGCGACAAGCAAAGAAGGAAGCUAAAGAGAGAGAAAAACAGGAAAGGCAGCAAGCUAAAGAACUAAUGAAAACACAGAAGGAAAGGGAAAAGCUUUUGAAGAAGGUUUGUUUACUUGUUCACUGACAAGAAGAAUGUGUAUCAUUGUUUGCUCAGUGUGUCUUGAAAAAUAAGAGAUAAAAAACAAAGAAAAACUUGACUGGGUCUUAUACUGAACUUAUUGCACUUUUCUCAGGACUCGUGUGUAAGAUGAUAAAUCACCAAUUGAAAGUGAGGUUGUGCAAUUUCCAAAUCAUCCGCUUAUUUGAUAUUCAAGUAUCCAAAGAGGAGUUUUUGCAUUCUGAAUGUGUGAACUAAAAAGUGACUGAGUGUGCAACAUUUUUGUUCUCUUGUCAUCCAGGCAGACAGUAUGAAUAAGAAAAUGAACAAUCGCUUGGACAACUGCAUCCAGGUAUGAGUAUUAGGUUUCAUGAGUGUUAAAUUUUGCGAUUUUCCCAAAUUGCAAAAAAUCAAGAAAUUUAAUACUCUCAAAAUUAUGGUGUAAGUUAGAAUAAUGUAUUUUAAGACCCUGAGUGUUGGCCUGGCCAAAGAGAAUUACACCUGCAGUCUCCAGCUCUGCAGAUUGCUAGUCUGAAAACUACAUCUUAGUGACUGUCUUUUUUGUCACAGUGUUAAUUAAUGUCUGUAAAUUCACCUUAUUAUUUCUUUUGCAUAUUUAUUUUUAACAGAGGUGAUCUUUAGUCAGAACUCAGAUUCACGAUGGUUAAAUUUAAUGAAGAUUUUUAAGCCACGCAAAUGUGGAGAAUAACAGUACAAUGUACCAAGUAGAUAUUCAAGUUUCACACCAGUAUGUUUAGCGCAACUGUACCAUGGGUCUGUUUGUUUGAGCGUAUCCCAGAAUAGAUUGAAUAAAUUGUAGAUAUCACAUGUUUAGGUUUUUGUUACAAAGCAUCAUAACUUCUGCAAUUCUGGUAGAAAUACAGUAUUAAGAUGCGUGUAGCAUUCCAUUGGUCCAAAAGUCCCAGUAAAAGAGAUUUGUAUCAGAUUUAUUGUGUUUUCGCAUUCUGGAAUAUGAAUCAAACACACACCAUAAACCACUUUAUGGCCAGCCAAGCCACACCAAACCAAGGUCCUGCUCUCCAACUGAUCCACUGUGUACCUGUACAAUUGUUAAUAAUGAAUUAAAUGAUCAUGUAUUCCAUUUCAAAUACAGCAAAUAAAGGUGUACAUUGAUCCUGAAAUUGUAAAUGGAGGCCAGCUGCCUGAAGAAAGCCUUCUCCUUCAAAAGCUAGAGUCAUUUGGGGCACGUCACAAGGUAGAAUCACAGCUGAUUCCUGCUAGUAUCACUUGGAAGAGAGCUGUGGUGGAGCAUGAUGUAGCAGACACACUUCAGGUAAAGCUUAUCAAACACACUCUUGUUUCGUCCUUUACAAACUACCACAAAUUCUUAUUCUUUCCAUGAACUAUAAAAGAAUGGAACAACCUGUCGCAAAACAUGGUUGAGUUGACAUCACUGGCCUCUUUCAAGGCCCAGUUGGCUAAACAUUUUUGAAACUGACAAAUAUAUAUAUUUUAUGGGACUUUGAAAUGUUUUUUAUGGAAACCCUGACCACUUGGAAGAAUCAUCUCUAAACAUAUAGAUGGAGCCAAGUAAUGGAAGAGGAAGAAGAGUAUAAGUUAGGAAAUGAAAAGAAAAUGUAAAUACGUCUUCCAAAUUUGGAUAUUGGAUACGAAAAUUGUCUUUUAUCCCAGCAAGAAUCAACAUUCUGUUUAAUCCAUUUCAGAUCUCAACCAAGACUAGUUUUGUAGAUGAGAAGCAUCUUCUUGUUCGUCUGACUGCAGACAAGUUUGUUGAGAUGGUUUUCCACUUUCGCGAGGUUAGAAUACAAAUAUUACGUUAUUCUGUGUUGUGCUCAAAACCGUUUGAUUUUGAAAUUUGUGUUUAUUUUUUUACAGUAAUAAUCAGAACUCAGUAAAACAUUCUUAAUCUUAUUGAUCUUUCAGGAGAUGCAAAAUCCUGCGAUAUCUGUAAUCGCAGAUGACGAAACUCUGAGAGCAUUUUGUGAAAGAACUCUUGUGAUUUAUCCAGGAAGAGUGGUUACACUGGUUAUCGUGGGACUUGAAAAAUAUUUCAGGUGGGCCUUAUUUCUGACUCUGCAUAUUUAUAAUAGAAACAAUCGAUGUUGAUCCGUACUCCCCUCUUCCUUGAUUUUCACGUGAUUGUUUUCUUUUGUUUACAGAGAUGUCAAACUCACUCAAACAAGACAAUUUCGAAGUGCAGUUCAGGGUUCUAGUUCCUCAGAUAAUGAAAAACCAUCGAGCAGUAAAGGACGAAAGAAAGUUAACAAGAAGUCUGGACCGAGUGUUAUGGUGUCACGUGUUGAUGUUGAGGAGGCAAUGGUGGACCUGCAGCUCAGGCAGCCAAACUGCCGAGUGCGCAUGUGUGAAACAGAGGAAGAAUUUGCUGAGCUGUUGGCCAUGUUUACUAAAGCCGUUGGCGAGGCACCUUUUAAGUAAUAACAAAUUAGUCAUAGUACAAAAACCCUUUGGUCUGAUAACUUGUAGACUUUGUAAUUCGUUUCUUUUAUAGUUUGUUUGACUACAGUUUUAGUUGACUAUUUUUCGGCAAAAAAUAGUAAAAAAAAUAUUAUUAUUACGUAGAUUCCCGGGUGGCGAGGAUACCUUGAAAACGAUUAUGAGUUACUUCCUGAAAACAAAAUGUGAGGAUGAUCCAGAAACGAUCAACGUGUACAUGCAGUGUGAAGUAGUUUCUUCGUGCUCUUUCUGUUGCGGACUUUAACACUAUAAAACGAAAAAAAAACUCUGCGAAUUAUCGAGUUAAAAUCAUUAUUAUAGUAGAGAAAGCUGAAGUAAAAAUUAAAAACUUCACCCUUGUUUUAUUGAGUUUUAUUUGCUUUCUUUUAACACUUACAGGAAGAAGCAGCCAGAGACGUUCAGUUUCUGUGUUGAAGGAGGAGAAAAAGCAUCCGUGAAGGUCAGUUAACAGCGGGAUUAGAUAUGUAGCAGAUUCCUGUGUACUCGUUGCAAAAAAGAUUGAAAACUAGCUUCACUCUAGUCAUGAGUGUGCACCAAAAACGGAAAAUAAAGUGGGCUCUCGAUUCAACGAAGGCCCAAUUGACUGGCAAAUGUGUUCACUAUAACAAGGUCUCUUUAUAUAUCGAGGUUCUUUUCCAUAUAAUUUACUAUUACUGGGGUAAAGAAAUCGUUCCCGCGAGGACUUCGUUAUAUAGAGGUUCGUUAUAUCAAGCGUACUUACAGUUGUUUUUUGUCUCACAACAAACACAAUUAAGUUAGAUAGCUGUAAGGGCCCGCCCAUUCGCCCUGUACGAAUCGCCCGUCAUAUCCUUCGAUUUUAAAACAUAUCUUAAGUUUGAAGCAAGUAAAUGACAGCGGAAGAACUACUGUAAGCAAAAGGGUUUAGUAUGCGUAGGAAGUUAAUGUCAUACCCUACCCUCCUUUUUACAGCGGGUUUCACCGAAAGAAAAAGUACGGAAAUUUUCUUUUCAAAAUUUCAACGUACGAUUCCAAACUAAGCUUUUUAAUUUAAAAAUUCUCAGGUGUCAAAGGAGGGUGACGGUUUAAAGAAAGUAUGGCUGCAACAGUUUCAGCAGUUCAGAAACGUCUCCGCAGAUAUGGCUGCUGCGAUUGUCGCCGUUUAUCCAACACCUCAAAGUCUACUACAGGUAAUGUGAGAUCAUGCGCAUAGUUUCUGCUGUAACUGCAUACGUGUAGGUGAUUUGCAUUCACUUGUCGGUUCUGAAACUAGUUCAUUAAGUGGAAGCAAAGGAAUGGCAACCUUUAGAAAGAGGAAGAGAACGAAGGGGGAAUUGCGGCGCCUGCGGGGAAUUUUAGAAGGCUGGUCUGAAAAAAUUCUUAUAGUCGCUUCGAUAAUCAUUGAUUAAUAUUUGAGAUACCUUAUCAAUUUUAUUAGAUGUCCUUGGUCAUUGUAGGCGUCCUUUCUUUUAACCCACUUCUCGCUGUCUGGAUAUCCCUUGAAACACUCUUCCUCGUGUUGAUAUAUUACAUGAAUGUUUGUUUUGUAGGCUUAUAGAAGAUGCGACAGUAGAGUAGAGUCGACCAAACUUCUUCAGGAUAUAUUGGUUAGUAGCCAGCAAUAUAACCUUCUUACAAAAAUAGUUAAUGCAUCUUUCACGUUUUUGUGAUGGAUUUGUCUCACAGUCAAAAUAGAAUCCUGGUGAUUUCAGUUAUCGGGGUUAUCGAUUAAGCGUUUGCGCCCAUACGUAAGGGACAGCGAAAAUAGAACCUAUAAAUGCCAAGUUUGGACUGCCUUCGUUACUUUUGAUUGAGUGGAAUCAUUACUUUGGUCAUAGACAGUGAACCUUCUCUUUUCUCAUUUUUUCUCAAGUUCAGCUGGAAUUACUCACUGCUUUGUCAGUUGGUGCUCAGUGCAUCAGCGAACACAGGGCGCAGACGACUGAGUUAUUUGUGACCUUGAUUGUAGUUAAAUUUUACAGUUGAUAGCGCGAAUCACCUUCGUUUACUCUUUACUGUAGAGUCGAAGUCAACGUGACCGAUCAAACCGUCGUGCAAUCGUGUUACAAACCUGGAAAAAUAUUAUCCAAUGCUCAGGUGGGAACGAAACAGGUUUGCAACACGAUCGCAUGGCGUUUUACUCGAUUCUACGGCUCGCGGUAUCAACUGUAAAAUCUAACUACAAUCAGUAGUGAUCAAGGUUACAAAUAUCUUCUCUGACUGCCCUGUGCAGCGUCUUGAGAGGAGUCGUUACCGUCACGUUGCCAUGGUGGCAAUACUUUUAGAUCGCAGCAAACCUUGGUCCGUACCCUGGGUACCAGCGAUUUUUUCUCGCGUGUGACGUAGAGCUUCGUCGGCCGUAGACCGACAGCUCAAGUGUGUAGUUGCCCCCUGGAAUUUCACAAAGAGAAACGAAAAUAGAGCCUGAUCUCAGGUUGAGCGGUGACAAUAUAGCCUACCUAGAGAGGUUGUUCUAAGAUGAAGACCAUUUUCUUAACUGAUAAAAUAAUGCGUUACCUUUUCAAAGUAUUCGAGUAGCAAUCAAAACAGAACAUUAACUGCUUGUUAUUUCGGCUUUCAGGUUCGCCGCGGAGCUGGAGUGUUAGCCAACAGUAGGAGAAUUGGACCCGAGCUUUCUCGGAGAGUUUUUUUGCUAUUAACCAGUGAAGAUGGUGACUUACCUGUGAAGUGAAAAUCUGGGAAAGUCAAGAACACGUCAGCAGUAUUUAGUUCGUUUCUUUUGCAUGUACUUGUCAAGUAACAACUAAUCAAACUCUGUUUUUGGGGGGACUCACUAAAAACUAAACUUACGCCUCUUUUCUUUCCAGUAACACGAAAAUUAGUCAGUAACAUGCAGUAAGCUUAUCAAUUAUCAAAGUAUUUCUCCUGGCUAAGGUUCUUGUGGUGAAGUCGGGGGUGAAGUAUAGGCAUCAAACAUACAAAAAAAAUUGUUUGUGACAAAAAGGUUUUUUUAAGGGCG